UUUAAGGGUUUUCAGUUUAUCUGCUUUCUCUCAUUAUUUUCUUUCUGGUUAGGGUUGUUCUUGAAGCCAAGCAAACAUGGUUUUGAAUCCAGUGAAGAGGGAGAAGAAAAGUCUGUACGACCAGAAACUGUGUGGUCUCCUCGAUGAGUACUUGCAGAUCUUGAUCGUGGCUGCUGAUAAUGUUGGGUCAACUCAAAUGCAGAACAUCAGGAAAGGUUUGAGAGGUGAUUCCAUCGUGCUUAUGGGAAAGAAUACUAUGAUGAAGAGGUCCAUCAGGAUUCAUGCUGAUAAAACCAACAAUAAUGCCAUCAGAAGUCUCAUUCCUUUGCUUGUGGGUAAUGUGGGAUUGAUCUUUACCAAGGGUGAUCUGAAGGAAGUUCGUGAAGAAAUUGCUAAAUACAAGGUUGGGGCUCCAGCACGUGUGGGUCUUAUUGCUCCAAUUGAUGUCGUUGUUCCCCCUGGCAACACUGGCCUUGAUCCUUCUCAAACUUCCUUCUUUCAGGUGCUUAACAUUCCGACCAAGAUCAACAAAGGUACAGUGGAAAUCAUCACCGCUGUGGAGCUCAUUAAGAAGGGUGAGAAGGUUGGCUCAUCUGAGGCUGCCCUUCUUUCAAAGCUUGGGAUAAGACCAUUCUCUUAUGGUCUUAUUGUCCUAUCAGUUUAUGACAAUGGAUCAGUCUUCAGCCCUGAGGUGCUUGAUCUAACUGAAGAUGAUCUCAUUGAGAAGUUUGCUAAUGGUCUCUCCACGGUUGCCUCGUUUUCACUGGCUAUUUCAUAUCCAACUCUUGCUGCUGCACCUCAUAUGUUUGUGAAUGCCUACAAGAAUGCUCUUUCUGUUGCUGUGGCUUCAGAUUAUUCCUUCCCUCAGGCUGAGAAAGUCAAAGACUACCUGAAGGAUCCAAGCAAGUUUGCAGUUGCUGCUACUGCUGCUGCAGCUGCUCCAACAUCCAGUGCUGCCAACAAGGAGAACGUAGAGCAAUCCGAGGAGCCCAAGGAUGUCGAGGAGGAGUCAGAUGAGGACCUGGUUGCUGGUCUUUUUGACUAA